AUGUUGAAUCCCGCCGGAGCGCCAGCUCUAGACGAGCAUGGCAACGCCAUCGGCGACUUCAAGCAGGACCUCAACAUCAUUGUAGAGUGUCCUGACUGCCGCGAGCAGCCUCCCAAUCUGGUGGAGGAGUUCUCUUCUGGCGACAUGGUUUGUGGCUCUUGCGGCCUCGUUGUGGGCGAGCGCAUCAUUGACACCCGCUCUGAAUGGCGUACGUUCGCCAAUGACGACCAGGGCAACGACGACCCGUCUCGUGUCGGUGACGCUGGCAACCCUCUGCUCGACGGUGCCCAGCUCGAGACGAGCAUUGCCUUUUCUGAGGGCAGGGACCAUAAGAACCUUGCGCGUAUCCAGAACAAGUCGCAAACAGAUAAGAACACCAAGGCCAUCGGUUCCGCUUUCCGCGAGAUCAGCGCCUUUACUGACAGCAUCAAUUUGGGAAAGAACGUGGCAGACGGUGCCAAGCACAUCUACAAACUUUGCCACGACCACAGCUUUAUGAAGGGGAAACCCCAGGAAGCUCUCGUGGCCGGCUGCAUUUUCAUUGCAUGCCGUCAGGCAGGUGUUGGUCGUACUUUCCGAGAAAUCUACCAAGUUACCAACGUCUCUAAGAAGGAGAUCGGAAGGGUCUUUAAAGCUCUGGAGUCAUUCCUGCAAAAGAUUAAAGAGACCAACCCUGGCGGCAAUGCCAUUCAAGAUCUUAGCGGCUACAAGGCCUCAACGUCGACCAAUGCCGAAGAUCUCUGCACUCGUUUCACUUCGCAGCUGCCAUUCAGGCAGUCGCAGAAGAUUGAGAACGUGUCGCGCGCUCUCGCUCGUAAGACGGUCAGCGUGUCCGAACUUGCGGGUCGUUCGCCACUGUCCGUCUCUGCGGCCUGCAUCUACAUGGCGUCACACCUUAUGGAGGAGGCUAAGACGUCCAAGGACAUUGCAGCGGUAGCCGGUGUUAGCGACGGCACUAUCAAAACAGCGUACAAGUUCUUGUACCAAGCUCGCGAGCGUCUCAUCGAGAAGGAAUGGGGCGUAAGUCAGAAGGCCAUUGACAGCCUGCCGGUGAACUAGAAGAUCACAGGCAUGGAGCCUCUACAGCACAAGACUUCAUCCACGGACUAUGCCAUGUUGACUCCCGUGGCGACGCCUGUGUCGAUUCCGAAAUACAGAUGCUUGGAGAAGCUUGCUGACGCAAGCGGUGUGUCGAUGACGGACGAGGCAGUGCAGUUUGAGCAACUUUCCACUCCCGUCAUCGAGUCAAACUGAAUACGAACCUGAUUGCAACCUGUGUUCCAGGUAGCGGGCGGUCAACAGAGGCACAGCUUCUGGUAGGCAUUGAGGGGUCCGGGGGCUUUUUCAUUUUGCGAUCAAACAUCGAUAAUGCGAACGCACAGCUGCCGAUUGCGCGCCGCCUGAGAUGGCGGCUUGGCCUGCUUCUGAAAGAUGAGCAGGUCGCAAUAUGGGCUCGGAGCCGUAGCGUGGGCGUGGUUGGGACCAGCGAGAUUGCCAUGUGGUCCAGGCAUCCUCAGCAGAAGCUAGGCAGUAGCGCAUAUCAGCUUGACUUCAGAUGC